AAAAAAACUAUAUUUCAAUUAAUUAUAAAUUAAAAAUAGACAGGUGUUUUUCAAUUUAACCUAAAUUUAUUUAGUAUGGUCUCAAAAAGUUUACGGAUUAUUGAAUCAGAAAUUGCCAAUGGCAUGAAGAGACCUAAUUAAAGACAACCAUAUUUUUUUUGACUUUUUCGAAAAUUCAAUUAAUAUUUUGUUUCUUUAGCAUAUUACCCGCAUGCAUUUAUUUACAACGGAUAUGAAUUUCUUAAGUAUAUUAGUCAAACGGUGCCUUGUAAAUACUUAGAGAUAUAAUCUUUUCUUUUCUAUAUAUAACACUCUUCAUUUUUCAAAUAUAUCACUGAGAGAAAGACCAGCUAAAAAAAUUAAGUUCAUAAUGGUUCGUUCAUCACAACUGAGCUCUCUUCUUCUUCUUAUUCAAUAUUUAACUUUCACAUGGGCUGCAAGUGCAACUCCAGCUUCAACAACUGAAAGCUUCAUCAAAUGCGUAUCAAAAAAUUCCGAACUUUCCGUACUAGUUACCACAACCCUCUUCACACCAAACAAUUCAUCAUAUACUUCUGUUUUAGGAUCCACAACAACAAAUCUUAGGUUCUUGGAACCAUCAGUUCCAAAACCAGACUUCAUAUUCACACCAUUACACGAUUCCCACGUCCAAGCAUCCAUUACUUGUUUGAAAGAGCUCGGAUUAAAGCUCAGAGUCCGAAGUGGAGGCCACGAUUACGAAGGAGUUUCCUACGCAUCAAGAAACCAAAGUCGUUUUGCUGUUAUAGAUCUCAUCAAUCUUCGACGUAUCGAGGUUAACAUCGAAGAUAACUCGGCUUGGGUUCAGGCCGGUGCCACUAAUAGAGAACUCUAUUACAGAAUCUCUCAAAAAAGCAGAGUACAUGCUUUCCCAGCUGGACUUUGCACGAGUUUAGGCAUUGGUGGCCACAUAACAGGAGGUGGUUACGGCUCUCUGCUAAGAAAAUAUGGCCUAGCAGCUGACAACGUUGUUGAUGCUCUAAUCGUUGAUGUUAAUGGUAAAAUUCUCAACAGAAAAGCCAUGGGAGAAGACUUGUUUUGGGCAAUAAGAGGUGGUGGUGGUGGAAGCUUUGGAAUCAUUCUUUGGUGGAAGAUUAAACUUGUUUCCGUCCCCAAAAAAGUUACCGUUUUUCGAAUUACCAAGACUUUGGAGCAAGGAGCGAAGAAGAUCAUCCAAAAGUGGCAACAAAUUGUGGAUAAACUUCAUGAAGAUCUUAUGAUUAAAGUAACUAUGGUUGUUGUUAAUGGUACUGUAGAAACUUAUUAUGAAGCUCUUUUUCUCGGAGACACAGAUAAACUCCUUCGAAUUAUGAAAAUGAGCUUCCCUGAGUUGGGUUUGACACAAAAUGAUUGUAUCAAAAUGAGUUGGCUUGAAUCUGUGGGUUUCUUCGAAGGAAAACCAAUUGGAACACCAGUUGAAUACCUUCUUCAAUCGAAAUCUUUGUAUAGGACAUAUUUCAAAGCCAAGUCAGACUAUGUAAAAGUUCCUAUACCUGUAGUGGCUCUCGAGGGGAUAUGGAAAAGGAUGUUCGAUAAAGAGCUUGAGGGAAAAAUAAUUAUUUGGACUCCUUAUGGUGGAAAGAUGAGCUUGAUUCCUGAAUCUUAUUCUCCUUUCCCUCAUAGAAAAGGGACCCUAUGCCCGAUUCAGUACUUGAGCCUAUGGAGAAGUAGUGAGGACCAAAAUCCAGAGAGGCACAUUAAUUGGGUAAGGGAGUUGUAUGAGUAUAUGACUCCUUAUGUUUCUAUGUCCCCACGAGAAGCUUAUGUGAACUAUAGAGAUCUUGAUAUUGGGAUGAACGAGAUGGGUGGUGCUACAAGCUUCGAACAAGCUAGUGUUUGGGGUCAAAAGUAUUUCAAGGGUAAUUUCAAGAGAUUAGUUAGUGUUAAAAGUAAAAUUGAUCCUGAUUACUUCUUUUCUCAUGAACAGAGUAUUCCACCGGCCUCUUAAAUCACCAAAUAUGGUGAUGUUUUCACAGUUAGAGGUGACUGCAUCAGUGUGUCUUGUAGUCCGAUUCCACCUGGUGAAGUUGGAACUAAUUUAGUGCAUGGACAAGAGAUUUGGCUUCCAUGAUAUAUUCUAUAUAUAGAUAAAAAUCUUACCAUAAAAAUAAGACAGAGUCAAUUAAUGUAUUUAUGUUAUUUCUCCUGAGUAAUAUAGCGUGGAAAGUCAAGUGUCAUAAGGCAUAAAUAUCCUUUAAGUUUAUCAAAUUUUAUAGUCUAGUCUUUUUAUG